AUGAGGGGCCCGCCUAUCGACCAGCUCGUGUACGAGCACAUGUUUCCCAAGCCCAAGACUUUCGACCCCCAGGAUUUCUCAGCGCUGCUUCAGCGCUGCCUCAUCCCCGAAGUCCGCCAGGAGACGCACGCCUUCUACGGGCAUCUCGACACGCAAGAAGCAAAGUAUCCGGGGCUGGACUACACGCAUCCGACCCACCGUAUCCGACUCAGCCGGUGGCAGUGGCACCGUCGCCUUUUCCGAGCCUUUGACGCCCUGGGCCUCACGCACGCCGAAAUCUCUUCUCUCACCAAGUGGGAGGGGACCAAGUGGGCCAAGGAGAAGUUUGAGGCCGAGCAAGGCAUUGUGAUUCGAGAUACGGCAGCCGAUGACCUACCCGACUGGACGGAGCCCGCUACCCGCCCGUCCACCCAGCCCGCGCGGACCGUUAGGAUGAGCACCCUCGCUAUGCCGAGCCUGGACGACGGCGGCGGCGACGACGACGACAAUAUGGACGUGGAAGAGAGCGACGAGGAGCUGGCGAGCGUCGGCGUGCCGCUCAACGAGCGUCUGCGCGCACAGGCGGCCAGGCGCGAGGCCGGUGACACCUCGGUCGUGUUGGACGAAGAAUGGGAGCAGUGGCUCAAGAACGCGAUUGAUAGCGGCGAGCUGGCAGUCUUGACAGACAGAAUGACGGCCGAGAUGCUUGGCCAGUCCCGCUCGUCUAGCUCUGGGGCCCCCAACCCCCUUUCCGACGGCAUGCUUCACAGGGCUCGCGCUGGCCAAUGGUCGGAGAUUCCCGAGAUCCUCCAGCCCCUGCUUCGCCGCACAAUUGACAACGAGAACUCCCUCCGUAGUGGGCAGAUCUUGAUUUCUGCGACGCGAUCGACCCUGCAGUCAGGCCUCGGUCAAUCCCCCUCGUCUCGACGGAACUAUUCAAACCUUCGACUACCAGCAGGCGAUGCUUCGGCCAGUCAGCCGGGGGCCCGGGCUGGAGGCGCGUGA